AUGGUGUUGGGUUUAUUACUACGCGAUGCCGAGGAACGACGUCUUUCGUUUGAUUUUGAACUGUUAUUACCGGAAGAUGGAGAAGAUCAUAUUGAUACUGGAGAACGUCGAAAUGGUGCAAUUGUAGGUGUCGGAGGUGCUACUUUUGGUCAUUUACCUGUCAAAAAGGAUUUUAAACGAGGCACCGUCGUCUGUCGUCAUUGGCUUCGUGCAUUGUGCAUGAAAGGGGACAAUUGUGAGUUUCUGCAUCAAUACGACAUGUCAAAAAUGCCGGAAUGUCGAUGGGGAAUGGAAUGUCAAGUCCCGGAAUGUCCAUUUCGUCAUGUACCCGAUGAAGAACGGGUGGAAUGUGCUUUUUAUAAACAAGGAUUUUGUUCGCACGGGUCAAGUUGUCGCUAUAGACAUAUCAAAUUAGCAAGGGAAGAGUGUCCCGAGACGGCGGAUUUUACUCUCCAAAGUAAAGUUGCAGAUGAAGAAAAUGUCAAACGACGAAAAGCUCAACCGGUGAAUGAAUUUUUCAAGAUUGCAAUCUGUAAACAUUGGGAAAAAAUGGGCUCGUGUCCAUUUGGUGAUGAAUGUCACUUUGCACAUGGAGAUACGGAACUUCGACCAUUUCCUAAAGGUGAGAAAGAAGAAAAAGAAGCUCAAGCUGGAAGACAGGGAGGAUAUCAUCAAGUACCUUUGGGAGGAGCAUUGUUUUCAAGCGGAGAACGACCAUCAGGAGGAGCUCUUUUAGGACCACCGUUGCCAGAUGAUGGCAAAAGGGUUAAAUAUUUCUUGGUACAGUCGGCGAGUUAUUUAAACUUGGCACAUUCGGUGCAUUAUAAAUGCUGGGCUGUCCCUCCUGAUGUGUUGCAACCGAUCAAGACGGCGUCAGAAACGUCGGAUGAGGUGUUUUUGUUCUUUACAGUUGGAUCGAGCCGACAUUAUCAGGGUGUCGCGCGUCUAGUGACUGGUGCAACGGCUACUAUUGAUUUGGCGGCUGGAGAAGAUUUGAUGGCUGGCAUCGUGCCGUACGAAGCGGAUGGGAAGUCUGCGUGGUCUGGUGCGUUUGGUAUCGAGUGGCUCCGUAUUUGCGAAUGCCCGUGGGAGCGGCUUGCUCAGUUUGAGAACAAACUAGUGGCUGUUCCUGAAUGUCCGAACGGACACGAGCUGGACGUGGAAACAGGACAUGCUCUUAUGCGCUUGCUCUAUAACCAGCCUCAGAUUAAACUUCACUACCGGUCCGUGGAAGAUGAGCCAAAGCUUCCUGGAGGCGCAGAAGAGCUCGCGACUCGCCGACGGGAAGCGGCGGAGAGCUUGCUUGGCGCUCCCGGUGGUGCGCCUGGAUUUGAGAGGACCGCACCGGCGUGGAAAGUCACUCAGCCCGGGUUUGUCUUUACAUGCACGUCAGAGACGAUCGAUGAGUGUUUUGGUCGUCUGCUGUUCGGUCUGGCGAAUGACCACGAGGCGAUAGCCCAGCAACAUGUGAAACCAGGUACUCCGCUAUUUUUGCUAAAUUUGUCGGAUCAGCACUUUUUGGGAAUCUUCGAGGCCGUAUCGCCUGCAAUCGUGAAUAUGAUGCCUGGCGCUUUUUGCCACGGUCCAAACAUGCCAUCACCUUUCCCAGUUCAGACGCGUUUUGCUGUCAUGCUGAACGCACCAGCCUUGCCCACGUCAGAUCCACAGAUCAAGAAGGUAAUUGGAGACAAUGGAAUGAAUGUUGGACCGCUUUCUCUGCAAGUGACCCAGCAACUGGCAGAUGUGUUUGCUGAGCGCAGUGGUGCAGCAUUCCCACCAAGCGGACCGCCGAUGGGUCCUGGUGGACCUGAUCGCUUUCGUGGAAAGCCAGGACCAAGCGGACCUGGUGGUAGACCUGGCGGCCACGAGGGAUCCAAAGACCCUAAUGAACCGGCAUUUCUAGAGAAACUUGUGGUGGGCAUUGAAAAUGACAGUGAUUUUGGAGUCACACGUCGUAUCAUUGGACCUGUUGGAUCGAACAUGAAACGUAUCAGCGUCGAGGCUGGUGGAAAUGCCAAGAUUCGUGUUCGCGGUCGUGGUUCUGGGUCGAAGGAAGGAGGUCCAGAAGAGGCUGAUGAACCGUUAAUGAUUCUGGUAUCUGCAGAGAACGAGCGUAGCUUUCGCAUCGCAUGCACACUUACGAGUGAGUUGCUUGCUGUAAUCCAUCAUGAGUUUCAGAUGUUCCAGCAGCGCGGUCCAUCUCAGCACUUUCGUGGUGGUGGCGGCAACUUUGGCCGAGGCCCUCCUGGUCGAGGCCACCAUUAG